GACUGGGAGUUCCUCAGACUCACAGGAAGUCAGUUGUGGGUCUGAUUCCUCUCCCUCCUCAGCUCUUUCCAGAGCCUCAGCCUGGAAAUCUCCAUCUCCUCCUUGUGGGAGCUAGGUACAAUGCAGUGAUCCACGGCCAAGCUGAAGUCUCGAGUUAAAUCCAAGACCUGAGGGUACUCCCAAUCCCUCAGUGAAGUGCUGCGCUGGGUUGCCGGGCAACUAACUGCUACAGCUGGGGCAGAAGGUGGGUGGGAUGCUGAGAAAAAAAUACCAGAAUCGAGGACACGAAAAACAGAGUGGGAGGGGCUUUUCAAGGAUCUACGCUUUAGAAUUUACACCAUCCUUCCAAACCGUAGCUGCGUUUCCGGGAACUGAGUUGUGUUUACCUUGGCUUCCGACUAUGUUGGCAACAGGUUUCCUGCAAGAAACUGGCGCGUCUCCACACCCUCGUCCCUCCUCCCCACCCCCUGCCUUUCAAUAGCCAUCUUCCUGGAGCCGGAGGCAUCCCAGAUUAAGGGAGAGGUACGGGCCCUUUAAGCUUGACCUAUGGAGGCGGACGGAGCUAAAACUGACGUGGAACCGGAAUGUGAGCGGUGUCAGACACGUGGUACAAGGAGGCAUUCAUCUUGGAACCGGGCAAUUGGCAUUUCCGCUCUGGGUAGUACAUCUUUAACAUAAUGUUAGGGAAGUAUCCGUUCUUGGCUGCCUUUCUUUAAUUGCGUUUCCAGUACUCUCUCGGUGAUUCUACUCUUGAACAUAGGAUGAAAUUUGGAAUCACACUUCUCUUGCACUUCCAUCCCCACCCUCUAAUGCCCAUAUUAAAAAUGGCGGCCGCCGCCUUCCGCAGUAAUGGUUGUUCAGCGAACAAGAUCCGGGCGGAAACAGUAGAUAGGCGGGUGCAGCGGGGCAGAACAUAGGUUGCCUUAGAGAGGUUCUCCGGUGUCUCGAGGGCGGCUCAAGUUAGAGUUGUUGGGUUUUGCUCAGAUUGGUGUGGGAAGAGCCUGCCUGUGGGGAGCGGCCACUCCAUACUGCUGAGGCCUCAGGACUGCUGCUCAGCUUGCCCGUUACCUGAAGAGGCGGCGGAGCCGGGCCCCUGACCGGUCACCAUGUGGGCCUUCUCGGAAUUGCCCAUGCCGCUGCUGAUCAAUUUGAUCGUCUCGCUGCUGGGAUUUGUGGCCACAGUCACCCUCAUCCCGGCCUUCCGGGGCCACUUCAUUGCUGCGCGCCUCUGUGGUCAGGACCUCAACAAAACCAGCCGACAGCAGAUCCCAGAAUCCCAGGGAGUGAUCAGCGGUGCUGUUUUCCUUAUCAUCCUCUUCUGCUUCAUCCCUUUCCCCUUCCUGAACUGCUUUGUGAAGGAGCAGUGUAAGGCAUUCCCCCACCAUGAAUUUGUGGCCCUGAUAGGUGCCCUCCUUGCCAUCUGCUGCAUGAUCUUCCUGGGCUUUGCGGAUGAUGUACUGAAUCUGCGCUGGCGCCAUAAACUGCUGCUACCUACAGCUGCCUCACUACCUCUCCUCAUGGUCUAUUUCACCAACUUUGGCAACACGACCAUUGUGGUGCCCAAGCCCUUCCGCCCGAUACUUGGCCUGCAUCUGGACUUGGGAAUCCUGUACUAUGUCUACAUGGGGCUGCUGGCAGUGUUCUGUACCAAUGCCAUCAAUAUCCUAGCAGGAAUUAACGGCCUAGAGGCUGGCCAGUCACUAGUCAUUUCUGCUUCCAUCAUUGUCUUCAACCUGGUAGAGUUGGAAGGUGAUUGUCGGGAUGAUCAUGUCUUUUCCCUCUACUUCAUGAUACCCUUUUUUUUCACCACUUUGGGAUUGCUCUACCACAACUGGUACCCAUCACGGGUGUUUGUGGGAGAUACCUUCUGUUACUUUGCUGGCAUGACCUUUGCCGUGGUGGGCAUCUUGGGACACUUCAGCAAGACCAUGCUACUAUUCUUCAUGCCCCAGGUGUUCAACUUCCUCUACUCACUGCCUCAGCUCCUGCAUAUCAUCCCCUGCCCUCGCCACCGCAUACCCAGACUCAAUAUCAAGACAGGCAAACUGGAGAUGAGCUAUUCCAAGUUCAAGACCAAGAGCCUCUCUUUCUUGGGCACCUUUAUUUUAAAGGUGGCAGAGAGCCUCCAGCUGGUGACAGUACACCAGAGUGAGACUGAAGAUGGUGAAUUCACUGAAUGUAACAACAUGACCCUCAUCAACUUGCUACUUAAAAUCCUUGGGCCCAUACAUGAGAGAAACCUCACAUUGCUCCUGCUGCUGCUGCAGAUCCUGGGCAGUGCCAUCACCUUCUCCAUUCGAUAUCAGCUCGUUCGACUCUUCUAUGAUGUCUGAGUCCCUUGAUCAUUGUCCUUUACCUCACAGUCUCUAGGAUUCCUGACUCAGGCUGACCUCUCUCUCUGGUCCCAGACUGCCUCCUUGCCCAGGCCUCUCUCACUCUUCAUACUCCUCCAGAUUUUGUUCUCAGCAUUUUCCUUUCUCUGUGAUCAUUGGCAUCCUGGGCGUUUCUUGCCCUCUACUGACUACUGAUUGGAUUUUACCUAUGGCUUUCUGCGACUUGCUACUCUCUCCCUCUCCAUCCCAUCUUUGCAGCCUCAUAGGGUGGGAUACAGCAGCUUUUUUUGCAGUUAUCCACACUCACAUUUCAGAGUCCUGACUCUCAAGGAACCACUGGUUUUUGGGAUAGAACUUGGGCCAGGGCUAGGAACACAGGCUCCACGGUGACAUGUCAUUUGAUUGUAAAUUAAGUGUUCUGAUUAGUAAGAACUAAGCAGGGGGCCACAUGCUCUCAAUGGAGACAAUAAAGUGUUGUCUUUUUCUUA